AUGGCGAUGAAACUAGAGAUUAUCGGGAAAGAACUGAUCAAGCCCGCCUCGCCAAUGCCCAAUCAUCUUCGAACCCUUCAACUUUCUCUUUCCGACUUUUGUAGUCCACCAAUAUAUGUAAUCGGAAUCUUCUUCUACGAUACAGAGGAUCAUAUCAUCUCCAAAGAGAUAGUUUCCUUGAGGCUUAAGAAAUCUCUUUCCGAGAUUCUUACUCGUUUCUACCCUCUGGCCGGACGAGUUGAAGGCGUCUCCAUCAAUUGCAACGAUGAAGGAGCCGUAUUUAUGGAGGCGCGGACCGAUUCCCUCCUGUCGGAAUUUCUUAGGAACCCAGUUCGUGAAUCUUUUGAACAAGUUGUCCCAUCUGACAUUUCUAAACCCCUGGAGACAUCGCCAUUGUUGAAUGUCACGGUGAUUUACUUUAGAUCCGGAGGCUUGGCGAUCGCGGUCAGCAUUUCUCAUAAAGUGUUUGAUGCGUCUUCUCUUUCAUGGUUCGUAAACAUGUGGGCCACUACUGCAAGAGGGUAUGGUGAUUCAUUGAAUCCUCCUGAAUUUGCAGAGACGACUAUCUUCCCACCUGCUGACCUCUCCAUGAUAUUUCGGCCUCCAAAAAAAGAAGAUUCGGAUUCCAAAAGAGUGUGCAUUUCCUGGCAGAGGUUUUUUUUCGAUGCCUUUAAGAUCAAAGAACUCAAACGCAGAGCUGCAAGCGAGACUGUGCAGAACCCAACGCGUGUAGAAGUUGUCACAACAUUUAUCUGGAAAUGUGCGACAAAGGCUAUGCGUUCAAACUCAAUCCCGCGUAGGCCAUCCUUUAUGCGGCAAGCGAUGGACAUACGACGCAAGUCUUCUGCAACGUAUAUUUCAGAAAAUAUGUUCGGGAACCUUGUACUGCCGUUGGCUGUGGUGGAAGGACCGGAAAGUGAGAUGGACAUCACUGAAGUGGUGGCCAAGUUAAGGAAAAAGAAAGAGGAGGUGAGUGAGAAGAUUAGAGAAAUUCUUCAAUUGGAUAGGAGUAGUCCCGAGCUUCACGAAAAGGUGAAAGAAUUGCGUGCAAAAUUAUUGUCCGAUAUAACACUCGACACGAGGUCACAUCCUAUAACUAGUUGGUGUGGUUUCCCUUUCUAUGAGGCCGACUUUGGAUGGGGACGACCAGUGUGGUUCGCUACAGGAAGGCAUAUAGUAUUCGAGAUGGGUUUCACCUGCAUUACUGACACGAAAGACGGUCAAGGAAUCGAAGCGUGGGUGACACUGCCUGAACAGGACAUGCUUGUGUUCGAGCACGACCCUGAAUUACUUGCUGUCGCUACUCCCAAUCCCAGUGUCCUCGUCUGAUCUUAUCGUCACCUUGCAUCUCGUAUCACUGCAAUCUCAUCUCAUAGUUACUUAUAAAAACCGCAUAUGUCAGUAUGUAUGAGAAUAAGUCUUGAAUUAAUCAAGGGAAUUUAAUGGUUUUUUUAUCUGUAUUUCCAUUUGGCUUCGGAUCUUGAAAAAACAGUCUAUGUACUGCUGAAUCAUUAUAGA